CGCUGGAGCAACUCUAGUAGAGAGAGAGAGAGAGAGAGGGAGAGUUUUUUUGUGUGUGUGUGUGUGCGCGCAUGUGUGUGUGUGUGCGCGCAUUGGAUUUGGAAGCGCUGUAGUUUUCUCGGGGAGUCUUAGGAAGAUCAUGCCUGCGAGAGGAGGAUGUUGUCUGCUGGAGGUGUGUGUGUGGGUUUUGCUGCUGGUGUGUAAGACUGGCAGCGGGUGCCCGGCGCUCUGCACAUGCAGCGGCACCACUGUGGACUGCCACGGGCUCGGACUCAAAAACAUACCCAGGAACAUUCCCAGAAACACCGAGAGGCUG